AAGACCAGCACCUGCCGGAGCUUCUGCUGGCUGGUGGUUGAGCAAAGUGUAAAUAUGUCUUGCUAGAGGGAGCAUUUGGAGAGCCGUUGGAGAGAGGCAGAAGUCAGGAUGAAGAAGCAUCACUCUGUGCAGGGGACUAUUAGCAGGCUCUUUGGGAAAAAACAUAGCAACAGCAGCAGUCCCACCACCUCCCUCUAUGUCACGAACCCCCCCUGGAUCUUCACGCAGGAGGUCGCCUCGGACAGCCUGGCACGUUCGGGUGAUGUGGAUGGUAUAUACCAUGGGGAUAUUCGCUUUGGGACAGUAACGGAUUCUGGAACAGCAACACUUAAGCCACGGCCGAGAGUCCGACCUUUGCUGACUUUCUUACCCCUUAAUGCUCAAGAGGCGCAUGGAGUGGCUGUUCCAACACCAUCAGUGCCAGAAGGCUUUGAAGAGAAAGCAGCUCUAGGGCUUGGUUCCCAAAUCAAUGGCAGUUACAGAAAAUACAACUCAGUUGUUGAUCUGAGGCCAAAGGCAUUUGAAGAUGACUACUUGGCUGAUGAUGAGAUUCCACCACCACCAUCAGUUCCUCCUCCUCCACCACCACCACCGCCGCCAUCUUCAAUUGACCAAUCACCACCUCCAACUUCAGUGGAAGCUCCAUUACUACCUUUGAUGGAAGUUCCACCUCCACCCCCAGUGCCUCCUCCUCCACCCCCACCAGCGGUAUCAACUCCAUCUCUUUCAUCCCUGGCUCCACCCUCAUACCCAUAUUCUAAUUUGUCUUCUCCUACCACUCCAUCUCCACCAGACUUCAUCCCUCCUCCUCCUCCUCCUCUGGCUUUUAUGGAUGGUCCAGCCCCUCCUACAACUCCCUUUUCACAACCACUUCAUACCCCACCUUUCUCAAAUGGUGUCUCCAAAUGGAAAUCUGAGACUGUUCUAAACCUGAGGGAGCCAGAAGAUGGCUCUCACAAUCCAAAUGUGACUGUUCUACCCAGCCCUACCCAGAAGGAGAAAGAAGUGCCCCAAACCAGCCCAGAUCCUCAUCAAACCUUCCCCAGGUCAUUUAAAAUACCUCCUCCAACCCCUGUGAGAACAUCAUCUAUUUCCUCAGGAGACAAAGAAUCAAGCCCGAGAGAUGAGCAGGCCUCUAAUAUGGUUCCUCACAGCCGACCUGCACUGUUACCUAACUUUAUAGUACGGUCUGCAGCUGCAGUUUACUUAGAGGCAGAAGCUGGAGAGAAAGUUCCUUUGGAAAAACGAAUAAUAGAAAAACCUUCUGUAUUCAUUACAGAGUCUGGGAGUCCAAAACCAACACCAGAGUUCAAUGGCUCUUCUACCUCACCAUUGAAGUGUGAAGUACCAAAAGAGUUGGUGCCACAACAGGCAAUACUGAAGGAGCAUUCUCAGAAAACAGUGACUCAACAUGCAGAAGAACCACAACUUCCUUCUCCUGAUUGGGCAUCCUCUGAUGAUGAAGACUGGAAGGAACGCGGCAACCUGGACAAGCUAAAGCAUGAACUGUCAGCUCUGUUGUCAUCUUCCUAUAGAAAGGAAGACAGACUGCUGGAGAAAGCUGUAGUCCCCAAAAGUAAAAGCAGUAUUACUGAUAGUAACCGGAUAACUUCAGAAGAAUUGAAACAAGCUAAGCCUAUCAUGACUAGUCCACAAUCGCCAGCAGGGACAGACACUGAGAGAAGAGAAAAGAUAUCAGGUGAAGCACAAUCUGCUGGCAAAGUUUUGACCAAUAACAUUAACUCAAAUCCAGAUAAUAAGUCUACCAGCAUGCAAGCAAAUUGUGUUCUGAAAUUCAAAAAUGAAUUGGAAGCUUUGUUGUCUCCAGCCAAGGAUGGGGGGCCACCCUUGGCUCUUGCUAACCUGAGGCACAAUCCAGAACCAAAGAAACAAAUUACUCUUCAGUUUGGUGGUGGCGAGUCCAAGAUUCCAAAACCCACAGUAAUUCAAAAUACACCUAUAUCUGAAGUGACAGGAAAAGAGCCCAAGAUCCCUAGUGCCCCUACUAACAACUCCCCAUCCGGAAACAUUUGUAAGCCCCCAGCAUCCCCUCUGAAACCCAAGCCUGAACUCUUGGUUUCAGCUGCACCUUCACCAGCCUCUUCUGGAACUGCCUCACCAGUUCGAUCUCCCAGCACAGUCCUUUCUCACCUACAGUACAAAACACACAGGACAAGAUUUGCCUCCACUGAUAGCCUACCUUCUGUGACAUCUUCUCAAACUGCAGAAGAUGGGCCAAUCACCACAAAUAAUAAUGAAAAUCAAAGAGACUCAGUUAAACGCAGGUUCUCAGAGACACCCACAAUCAUCAGGAGCGCACAGCAAUCAAAUAGCGAUGCUUUAAUCCAUCCUGUAACAGGAGAGGCAGUCGAAAGAGGCUCUCCAAUGGCUCUUCUCUUGGCUGCACAACAGCGGGCUCAAAGAGGCAGGUGUUCUGCCUCAGCCUCACGACAAAACAGUUCUUUAUCUGAGAGGCCUCUGUUCAAGUUAUCAGAAAAGCUGCGCAACAGCAGCCAAUCAGAGACUAUGUCAUCCACCAUUUUCUACAAUGAUACCAAGCCUAACACUGUCAAGGUUGUUCCAAAGGGUCUGCAGAGGGAAUCCCUUGCAGCAUCAGAAAGUAAGCAACCUAAUGGGGUAAGUCCAUCUGAUAACGAAGUCUGGGGCUUGUCCAACUUAGGGCAGAAAGAGCAUAAGUCACAGUUGCUCUCCAGCACCUCAGAACAAUUCAGGGAUUCAUACAGACUCAGGGAGAGUGAAUCUCAGAAUCUUCCUCCAUCAAAUAAAGGUGGUUCCAUUUUGAUUCCAGGCUGCUUGGAGUCCAGGCAGUUGAAGCAACAGGGCUCUUCCAGCAUGUCUGAUACCCACCUCUGCUCUCAUACUAACCCUCAAAUCCACGCUAGUAACAAUGGGGCAGAAGAAGGCUUCAGUUAUGAGAUCAUUCCACCCCCACCAGAGUUCAGCAAUGAUGACAGUGGAGGCACACAUGUUUCUUCAAGGGUCGGAGAAAAGCCCAGACACUUCAGCACCUCAGCAGAUGAUCAAGUCUCAGCUGAGCAAGUUCAUUUCAAUAAUUCAAGCUAUAGCUAUGGCAACAGUUAUACCCCGAUAUCAAAACCUGCUAUAGAAAGCAGUGAGAUGCCUAGUGGAUACAGUCACCCUUACUCAGGUGGAAGUUACCCUGCUGGCUACCUCAGUAGUUACUCCAACAGCCGCCCUCUGAUUAAGAAGCGCCUCUAUGUUUCAGAGCCUGAUGGAUCCUAUGACAGGCCAGCUGUUUCCACUCGCGGCAUAAACACACCCAGUUCCUACAGCCACAAUACAGUGUCAUACAAUUCCCAGUUUAUGGAAGGGAUACGGCGGAAUUCUACUCACAGGAACAGCAAUGCACAGGCGAGGAGGAUGUCCUUGGAAGUACCUGGGAAAAUGGUGACUUAUAAUAAUGCUGCCAGUGAUGCUAUGUAUAAAGGGCAGAAUGCAGAGUAUUCCACCAGUACUAGCAGACCUUCCCAUGGAAAUCUACAGUAUGGUGGGACUGCAAAUACAUUUACUGUCAGGCCUGGAACAAGACAGCCCAUUUCUUACACAUAUCAAGGAGGUCUUCGAUAAUAAGUAAACUGUCGUUUCACACGCAGCUUGGACAAUGCAUCGCAGCACUCUUCUUCUAAGUUUUGCUGGGGCUCUUCCUCAGAUAGUACUUUAGGGAGACACAAGACCCUGCAAAGAGGUUGUCCUAGCACCUUCUUGUCAAUAGAAUUGUUGUAAGUUAUUAGGGCCAAGGGUAAGUCUUUUGAACUGAUAGCCUGCUUGUAAAGUCUUCUAUGCAUUAUGAGUACCAAUGCAAGUGACAGCAUGCAAUGAUUCAGCAACACUUGCUUAAUUUAUAUGCUUUAAGCAAUUAGAUCACUCCCUUGUGUCUACGACUAGUUAACAGGUGACUUACCAGUAUGAAACAUACUUUCCUGUACCGCCUUCGUGAAUCUGCUUCAGUCAUGGCAAAAAAGGAAGCUAGGACACCCUAAUCUCAAGCAAGGGACAGACAAAAGGGGGUCCAUGGUAUGAGCCUAUAGUCCAGGGGUCAGGAUAAGAUGGACAGUUGAGGAGCAGUAGCCAAUUAAAACACAGAACUGAACUCUGAAACAUCCCACUGUGUAAAAUCUGAAAGCACAGCUAUGGGAAUGGAGACGGGAUCAGGUACAAAUCAGGCAGAAUGGCUGAAGGGGACAAGGGUUGCCUAUAGUUUUGGACACUUGAGUUUUUAAACUGCUGAAUUAUAAGAAAUUUAGCAGCUGAAACCUGGUUGCAUAGGCCAAGACUUGGAAAAUUUCCUCUGGUUCUAGAGACCAGGCCAAAAAUCCGGGAGCCAUGCUAAUAUUCCAGUCUUCAGCAUUAUGUAUGACCAUAUGUUCUAAUUAUUGCUACCACAAAAAUACUAAGUGCCACAAUGAAAUUUCUUGGUGCCAUGGUGAUCUGGUGCCUAGGACUUGUCAAGCCCUGGUACAAUCAAGCCCGAAAAAAUCUGCUUGUUGAAUUUGUGCUUGUUACAUAACUGUUAGAGGUAUAAGAACCCAGACAGAGGCCACCCUAGGAGAGGUUGAACCAACUGGUCCUGGACCUAUUGGGAAAG